AUGGUCUUGUACGAGAAGGACGGCAGUCGAGGACUCUUACUGCCCUCGAAUGCCCAGUUGUUCAAUGCAGAACACGAGCCAGUACAACCCCCCAAACGCGGCCGGACCUGGUGGAAGUUCGCUGUAGUUGCUGCGGUUUUGGUCGGCAGUUACUGCCUCGCCUUUGGAUCCCACUGCUCGUCGCACCUCAAUGUGAUUACCAGCGCUCUUGACAGGAGCACAGCGUCUAUGUCCGAUGUCUGCCCUCAAGAACCGGUGCUCCAACCCUCGAGGUACGCCGACCUCUGGACGGAACUCUCCAAGGAAAUUAGCACAGACGGGGACUUCCGCGAACAAGCGGUCAACUGGCUCUCAGGCGCUGUACGCAUUCGGACGGAGUCUUUCGAUGGUAUGGGGCCCAUUGACGAGGACCCUCGGUGGAAAGCGUUCGAGCCGUUCCAUGAAUACCUGUUGGGUUCAUUCCCACUGGUGCAUACUACACUCAAGCUAACGAAAGUCAACACCUAUGGCCUGCUCUACGAAUGGGUGGGGUCCGAUACCUCGCUCAAGCCCCUGCUUCUGGCAGCCCACCAGGACGUUGUUCCCGUUGACGACACGACCGUGCACGAAUGGACACACCCACCCUACUCUGGUCACUAUGACGGGACCCAUGCUUUGCGUUCAACUGCCAAGGCUAAUUAUCCUCGCAGUGCCAGCGUAGAGACAUUAUUGAAGAAUGGAUUCAAGCCCAGAAGAACCGUUGUCCUCGCCUUUGGAUUCGACGAGGAAGCUAGCGGUUUCUACGGUGCAGGUACUUUGGCCCCCUUCAUCAAAGACCUCUAUGGGAAGGAUGGUAUCGCGCUGAUUGUCGAUGAAGGAUCUGGAUUCACGCGUGACCUUGGAUCUUGGAUCGCCUCACCUGGCGUCGCAGAGAAGGGUUAUUUCAACGUCAAAGCCGAAGUCAGGACCCCCGGUGGGCAUUCAAGCGUUCCUCCUCCUCAUACCAGUAUUGGAAUACUCGCUGCCCUCUUGGUCCAUGUUGAGAAGAACCCCGUCAAGGCGGAACUUACUCGAGACCAACCCGUCUAUUGGACGCUGCAGUGCAUGGGUGCACAUGCCAAAGAAGUCCCAAGCGACCUUCGCAAGGCCAUUGCACGCUCAGCACACUCAGACAAGGCUCUAAAGCAACUUGAAUCCGUCGUUCUACAGAACCGCGUACUGGAGAGCCUCGUCGGCACGACGCAAGCGAUCGACCUGAUUCAGGGCGGAGUCAAGAGCAACGCUCUCCCAGAACAAGCAUGGGCCGUCAUCAACCACAGGAUCACCGUUACCAGCUCUGUCGCUGAAGUGGAAGAACGCGACACCAACCUCCUCAAAGACCUUGCAAGGGAAUUCAACCUCACCUUUACAGCCUUUGGUUCCGAAGUUCUGUCAGAAGCGGAUGUUGCACCAUCCAAGGGAUCGUUGGUUCUCGACGAUUUCGCGAAUACGGCCUUGGAACCUGCGCCCCUGACACCGACUACGGGUGACGAGGCAGGAGCUUAUAGAUUGCUUAGCGGGACAAUCAAGGCAGCCUUUAGCGCAUGGUCGAGAGCUGCGACCAGUAAUUGGGAUGUGGCUCGUGACGAGGAUAUCAUCGUCGCGCCUAGUAUGAUGACCGGAAACACAGAUACCCGUUUCUACUGGGACCUUUCGAGGCAUAUCUUCCGAUACAAUCACCACAAUGGCAAGAGCAAUAACUCACUUGGAUCUGGUAUUCACACUGUGAACGAACACAUCGUCGUUGACACCUUUUUGGAGAUGAUUGUGUUCUUCACGACACUUAUUCUCAACACCGACGAGUCCACAUCAAUUUAG